CAGAACACACACCACACCAUACACAAACAUAUAUACCUCUCCCCCUCCAACUUUCUUCCUCCCCAAUCCCAUAGAGCUCUGUUUGGCAAAACAUUUUGUUUUGUCUUUUUGAAAAUUAACAUGAAAAUGUCAUCAUCUCGUCUGCUUCUUUUCUCUGCUCUUCUACUCUUCUGCCUCGCUCUGGUCUCAUCCGACAUCGAAACUGAAGAUGAAGUCUCACUGGUGGCGAGAGGUAGUAAUAGAAGGCUGCUGCCAUUUUUGGACUGUGGAGGACUGUGCAAGGUGAGGUGCAGCCAACACUCGAGGCCGAACGUGUGCACAAGGGCGUGCGGCACGUGCUGCGCGCGGUGCAAGUGUGUUCCUCCCGGCACUUCCGGUAACCGGGAACUCUGUGGGGCUUGUUACACUGAUAUGACCACCCACGCCAACAAGACCAAGUGUCCUUAGAACAACGUUUUAGACACUUUCAUUACUGUAUUAACACCAGUUCUAGUCCUUGUCCCCUUAGGGGUAAGACCGUCUUUUCACCUUUGUCUGGGAUGUAAAUUUUGAGUCUUGUUUCCAUCAAAGUUCUGUUUGGCAGAAGUUUGAGUCUUGAUAUUUUGUUUUUUUAUCUAUUAUGCUUUAUUAGUCUAAUUAUAAUAUUCUGGCCGUUUCUCAUGUCA